AUGGUUAGUAACAAAGAUGGAAAUGAAGAGUUAAUUAUUGAAUAUUUAAAUGAAUAUGAACAAUUAACAAUAUUAAGAGACCAAUUUAAUGAAAACUUAAAAAAUGGUUAUUUUCUAAUAAGCAAAUCUAAAUACUCAAUGGGUCAAAAAUCAUUAGGUGAAUUACAAUAUCCAGAAAAUAUGAAACCAUUGUUUAAUGUGAAAAUAGAAGAUUGUAAAUAUAGUUAUGACACAAAAGAUGAUACUUUUUUAUCUAUACAAUAUAAUGACAACAAUAAACAGGCAAAAUCAAAUAAUGAUAGCAGCAUAGGUAAUAAUAAAAAUAGUAAAGAACAAUCAUCAUCAACGACAACAACAACUAGAAGAAGAAAUGUAAAUUCAAAAGAACCAAUUAUUAAAACCUCAUCAAAUGGAGUUACCACAAUGGGUUCAUUAGAAUCAUUAUUAAAUAAUUGUUCAACUAAUGAUAAUUCAAGUGAUGAUGACGAUGAUGACGAAUCAGAUACAGAUGAAGAGGAUGAAGAUAAUGAUAAUAGUUUUGAAAAUAAUCCAAACUUAACUGAAGAGGAAAAACAAAAAAUAUUUCAAGAAAAAGUGAAAAAACAACAACAAAAAAAGAAAUUAAAAGCAAAUAAAAAAAUUAUAAGAAAAGAUCCAAUAUAUUGGUUUGGUAUUUCAACUCCAACUUCUUUAAAACAAUCUCAAUCUUAUUUUAAACAAGCAAUUAAUCAAUCAAUUGAAAUUUCAAAUAAAUUAAUUAAAAUGGAAAUUAUUUAUAAAAAAUAUUGGGAACAAAAUAGUUAA